AUGAGUUAUAAUUUAUGUAAUACUAUGGAUAUAGAUAACUCUGUUGGGGGGCUUCCAGGAAGCCAUACGAGUCAACACCCCCAACAACACCUUUUGAGAAACGAUGAAAGACGAAGCGCUGCCGAGGUUGGUCUAAAUCAGCACCAUGUCUUUCGCGAUAGUGCUCAGUCUUUAGUCAAUAGCAUGAACAAGAAGAGUUCGUAUAUGUUAUCAUCCAACAUGGGGAAGUAUAACUUCAUGAACACAAAUGGUACGGGGCCUGGUACCGGUAAUUUUGCCGCCAAAGCUGCUGGCAAAUAUUCGGCAGCAGAUGGCAAUGAUUCCGAGAACAAUUUUUGGACUCAAAAAUUUGACAGAGAUAAUUAUAUUAGUUCAAGACAUUAUGGUUUAUGUUCGCCUGCUGAAAUUGACUCUGCAUCCGCUUCAUCUAAUAUCAUGUCAAUGGCAAGUACAUAUGAGAAUAAUGGUGCUGAUAUGAGCUUCGGCACAAAUUCAAGUGAUUCGGGAAGAGAUCUAAAUAGUACUGCCAAUCGAGACCACGAUCUGGUCGGCACGCUAAAGCUCCAACUACAAAUUAAGGAGACGCAGAACGAAUGUCUGGAGAAUGAAAUUCAAAAAUUCAAAAAGAUAUUCAACGAAGGUCUCAGUUAUAAGCAGAUGGAAUAUAAGCAUGACCAUCAAAAUGCUCAUGUUCUUUCUGACCCUAUUGAAAUUCCUCAUAAUCUCGAAUUGAUCUUCAGAAGACUGUCCGAAACUCUCCGCCAAAGGAAGAAAGAACUCGAAGAAGCGACACAAUCAUUGGAAGCUGUUCUUACAGCAUUGGCAUUGGAUCCGACAAAUUCUGUGACAAGAUAUGGUAGAUAUGAUGCAGAAAACAUAUCGCAUAAGAUGGUAGUUCGGUUGGAAACGCUGACAAAUGAAAAUAAAGAAAUGGCAAAAAUGCUAGCGUAUGGAAGAUCAAAAGAAACGCAAAUUGAAUUGCAACUUGUUAAAAAGGAAAACGCUGAAUUAAAGGCGAAGAUAAAUCAAAUGCAGCAGUAG